AUGGGCGCCCAGGACAUGCGCGUCACAGAACGACAGCCCGCCCUCGGCAUGUUUUACGGUUUCACAAUCAGCUACCGCAAGGAAGGUGCCAGGCAAUACGAGCUGAAAGCCGAAACUGAGGCCGAGUGCAACAACUGGGUACAUGCCAUCGACUGCGCAAGUUUCAGCAAGAUGCUGCUGCAGAAGGAAGAGUUGGAGCAGAAGCACCUCCACCUGGUGCAGAUCGUGGAGAGCGAGAAGACAGCCAAAUGGCAGUACACCCAGCAGUGCGAAGAGCUCACCGUCGAGAUUAAGAAGUUGCGUGCCGAGCUGUGUGCGCUGAAGAAAGAGUGGAGGCUCACGCCACAUCGUAGCGAGGACGAAGAUAGCGAAGAGAUCAAGAAGAUCAAAAAAGUGCAGAGCUUUUUCCGGGGCUGGCUCUGCCGCCGUCGCUGGAAGCAAAUAGUCGCCGAGUACAUCAGUUCACCACACGCCGAGAACAUGCGUAAACGGAACAGCCUGGUGUUCCGGAUGGUGGAGGCAGAAGAAGAAUACGUUGAGCAGCUUCAGCUGCUGGUGUCAUGCUUCCUAAGGCCAUUUAAGAUGGCGGCAAGUUCUCAGAAACCUCCCUGCACACAUGACGAAGUCAACUCUAUAUUCCUGAACAGUGAGACGCUCAUGUUUCUUCACCAAAUCUUUCUCAAGGGUCUCACAGCCAGAAUGGAGAGCUGGCCGACGUUGGUCCUGGGUACAGGAGAUCUGUUCGACAUGCUCCUUCCGAUGCUGACGAUCUACCAAGAGUACGUCCGCAACCACCACUACAGCCUCCAGGUUUUGGCCGAGUGCAAGCAGCGCGACAAGUUCGCCGCCAUACUGCAGCGACUCGAGGAGAAGACCGUGCUCCAAGGCAGGACCCUGGAGACCUUCCUCACUUAUCCCAUGCACCAGGUGCCUCGGUACAUCAUAACGCUGCACGAGCUGCUGGCCCACACACCACACAACCACGUUGAACGCAGGAGCCUGGAGACGGCACGGACCAAGCUCGAGGAACUGUCACGCCAAAUGCACGACGAAGUGAGCGAAACCGAGAACAUCCGUAAGAACUUGGCCAUAGAAAGGAUGAUCAUAGGAGGCUGUGACAUCCUCUUGGACGUCAACCAAGUGUUCGUCAGGCAAGGCAAUGUGAUCCACGUGGUGGGGUCGGACAAGGCCAAGUCCCAGCGAUCGCGAAUCCCUAACCUCAAAGGCGAGAAAGAAGUAGUGCGCCAAUGCUACCUCUUCACUAACCACAUGCUCCUCUGCAACCGAACCUCGGCCGGAAAACUACAUCUGGUCGAGAGUGUCGGAAAAAUUCCCCUGGCAGAUGCCACGCUCAUUGAAGACCCCAACGAUCAGUUCCAGUUCAUCGUGGACGAUGGUGAGGGCUCGGUGAGUUCGGUAUCCAGCCUGACGAGCGGACUCGGCAGCAGCGGCGAAUCCACCGCCACGACAACGGCGACAUCCGGCGGCGGGUCGGGGCAACAGAAAGACUAUGGCGGUCUCGACUUCAAGAUCAUCGUCGACUUCAAGACCGCGCCGCCGGUGACGGUGCAGCUAGUCGCUCCAACCAUGCAGGAGAAGGCGGCCUGGACGAGCGACAUUAGCCAGUGCAUCGACAAUGUGCAUUUCAACGACCUCUUCCACGGCACGAUGAGCGACGCUUCGUCGGUCACGAUGCCACAUUCCAUCAGGAACGACCCCAGGCUGUUCAAGGACGACGUGGACAUCCGAUUCAGUCGCACACUCAACUCCUGCAAGCUGCCCCAGAUCCGUUAUGCGAGCCCCGAGCGUCUUUUCGAGCGGCUGACGGACCUGCGCUUCCUGAGCAUCGACUUCCUGAAUACGUUCUUGCUCACGUACCGAGUGUUCACCGACGGUGUCAAGGUGCUCGAGGCGCUCAAGAAGGUCCACUACAACCCGGACCUGCAGAUCAACGCGAUGGGUGCCGCACUUCAGGACUCAACUGGGUCCUUGGACGCAGUCGGUGUCGAUGGCGGCGGCGCGCCUUCAGGAGGGGCGGCCGUUGGUCAGGCAGGCGCCACCGGCGGAGCCCCCGGCGCCGGGCAAGACCGGGACAUGGGAAUGCUGGUGGUGGAGUACGAUUACUCGCGGCGCAUCAGCACGACCAGCAUGCUCUCGGAGGCAGGCGACGCUCAGCAGGGCCACAGCGCCCCCGACCACAUGCAGCAAGUCGUGCAGCAGGUCUCGCGAAGCCAGCAGCACUGGAGACUCAGCUACCGAAAGUUCGAAGAGGAGCAGCUGAAAGAGCAAACGCUGAAGCGGAUCCGCGAAGUCGUGUCGCCCAGCCCGGAGCCCAUCCUGCCGCCUCCCCCGCCCACCCCCGAGCCGGCCACGGGUGGCCUAGUGCACAUACUGCCAGCGCCUAACGCCGCACCGCUACAAGGGGCCACGCUGGCACCGCCCGAAGACUCCGGCUUCUUCGGCCACCUCAUGCAGCUGCACGAGACCAGCGUGGUCGCCGCGGCCACCGCAGUAGGAAUGCCCAUGAGCCUGACGGGCACCAACGGCGGCCCAUCGGCGAGCCAGCAGGAGCAGCCGCGGCUCGAGGCGCCGAAGGCUUCUCUCUCGUCGGACACGCUGAGUGCCGACGCUAGUUGCCCAUCGACACCUGGAAACCUCAGCUCGACGGCGUCCACAGCCACGCUCGUUGGCAGCGUGGGAAGCAACGAGUCCCCUAAGCCCAGCCCCAGCCGGAAGAGUGCGCCCGUUCGGCUUCCGACGCAAGACAGCGUGCAGAGUGCCCACGACGAGACCCCGCCCCCGACGCCCCCCGCAGCUGCGACGACAGCCCCACCGGUUGUGCAACCCGUGGUGCCGCCGACUCCGCCACCUUCGGCGGCGACGUCGGCAGUGUGCACGGGUUCACCGGCCCGUGCCGCGCCGCCCCCGACCGACGUCCGACCUGCGGCCCGGGGGCUGCCGCCGCCAAUGACCUCGAGCCAGUCCGCGCCAAACGUCAUGAACUAUCUGCGUGUGCGCGGCGCCCAGGGCAAGCGGGGCAGCAGCGAUACGGAGAGCUCGAGCGUCUCGGUGACGCCUCGCUCGAGCUUCCAGACCGAGUCGACGAUCCUGUCGACACCCCGAUCCAGCUUCCAGUACCCCGACUCGCCGCAACACAGCAGCAAGGCGGGCGUGGUGGUCACCUCGUCCCGGGCCUCUACGCGACGUUCGUCGACGGCCAGCGCGGCCGCCGCGUUUGCCGUGGCCACCGCGGGCUCCUCGAAUCCUCCGGAGCCGUUGGUGGCCGCGGCUGCCGCCGCAGCGGGCGGAGGCGCCGUGCCGCCGGGCUCGCAACCGGCCAGCAGGGCCGGGAGCCGCCUGCCCAGCGCGGUCGGCGCGGACCUCAAGAUACCCGGUGAGUCCCCAUGGCCAUCCUCUCUGCAGCUGUCCACGAUCCUGUCUCUGCGCGCCAAGCGCGAGUCAAUGAUCAGCACAGCGGCCACCAUGCGAGUGCUCAACGUGCUACGCCACUGGGUCUCCAAACACUCCCAGGAUUUCGAGAACGACCCAAAGCUGCUGCAGUUGACAACCGAGUUCCUGGAGGAGCUCGUUCACAACUCAAACCUCCUCCCAGCUGAACACAAGGCGGCCGCCCAGCUCUUGCACAUGAUCUCCAAGCAGGAUCAGGACAAGACGAAAGUAGACCUCGACAUCCUCUUGGCUCCUCAUAUGACACCAAGUAAAGAGACAGUGGAGUCCUUGUCGGCACUUGAGAUUGCCGAAGGUAUGACCUACCUCGACCACAAGAUAUUCAUCGCGAUACGCAGCGAGGAGUUCCUAGGUCAAGCCUGGAUGAAGCCCGAGAAGGCAACCAAGGCUCCGCAUAUUCUUCUUAUGACAAGACGGUUCAAUGAUGUGAGUCGUUUGGUGGUGUCGGAAAUUAUGCGCUGUCCGGAGAUGUCCAAGCGAGUGACCAUCAUCGACAAGUGGUCCGCCGUCGCCGACAUCUGCCGCUGCCUGCACAAUUUCAACGGUGUGCUCCAAAUCUGCGCGGCCUUCAUGAACAGCUCGGUGUUCCGCCUCAAAAAAACCUGGGAGAAGGUCUCAAAGACGACGAAGCAGACGAUCGACAAGCUGCAGGCACUGGUGUCGGCUGACGGGCGGUUCCGCAACAUGCGCGACGCCCUUCACCGCUGCGACCCGCCCUGCAUUCCGUACCUGGGCAUGUACCUCACCGACCUCUCCUUCAUCGAGGAGGGCACGCCAAACUUCACCGAGGAAGGACUGCUCAACUUCUCCAAGAUGAGAAUGAUUGCUCAUGUGAUCCGGGAGAUUCGCCAUUUCCAGCAAACUCCGUACAAGAUUGAGAUGAUUCCAAAGGUGUUCAACUACCUGCUGGACCCGGCGCGGUUGAUGCCCGACGAAGAGCUGUACCGGCUGAGCCUUUGUCUGGAGCCACGACUGUCCAGGCUCGGCACCAAGGUCACGGCGUCCCCGUUCACCCCGUCCUACGCCCCUACCACCACGCAGCAAUCCUCCAGCACAAGUGAGACUACCCACAGGGUCUUGUCAGUGGAGCCCAGCAGACUUUGCGCACCGCCCGAAAGUGCACCAGUCAAGUUCCACGUGCCUCCUUCCAGAAGCAAGCCUGACACUGCCCUAUCCCCGGAGAGAGAUGCAAUCCAAGAGGUUCAGUCACCCACACGAAGCACUGUGACCAGCCUGGACGCGAGGGUCCAGAACGUGUAA